AUGUUACAUCUUCCAUCAAUGCUCACUUAUGGCUUUUUAUCUUUUUCUAUGGCAUUUCUUAAUAAAGCUCUUUUUGAAAUAAGCGAUUUUCAAAAUAGUCUAUUUGUUGUUUUUGUUCAACUUUUAUUUGUAAUUUUAUCAUUCCAAAUACUUGGCUAUAUUCAGUUCAUGCCAGUACCAGUGAUGACACAAAAUGAUUUUUAUACAUUCCUUGUUCCGUCCAUUUUCUAUAGUUUAAGUACCAUAUUAUCUUUACAAGCACUUAUGAAACUUAAUGUUGCUAUUUAUGUUGUGAUUAAGCGUUGUACACCAGCAUUUACGUUUCUCUUACAAUCUAUUAUAUUAAAAAAGAAAAAACUGGAUUUUAAAACUGGAUUAUGCGUAUUAGCCAUAACAUCUGGUGCUGUAAUAACAUCAAUUAGUGAUUUAACUUUUCAUAUGGAAUCAUAUAUAAUUGGAAGUCUUAGUGUUAUAUUUCAAUCACUCUAUCUUUUAACAGUACAACGAUGUAGUGAACAAAAAACAUCUUCUGAAGUUCUUUACAUUAAUAGUCUAAUAUCAUUGCCAAUAGUAUUUAUUGUAAUGAUUACAUUUUCCAAUGAAUUAUCUAGUGUACUAUCAUAUAAUGGUUAUAAAACAUUUUCUUUCUGGUUAUAUUUCCUAUCAUCAACAUUAGGUGGAGGUUUACUUAAUGGUACAACAUUUUGGUGUAUAAUGAGAAACUCCGCAUUAACUACCAGUGUGGUUGGUGUCCUUAAGAGUAUACUACAAGUAUUUUUUGGUUUGUUUGUAUUUGAUCGAUUUUCAAUAAAUAUCAAUACAAUUAUUGGUAUUGCAUUAUCAUUAUUAGCUGGCACAAUGUUUAGCUAUUUUGAAUAUACAGCUAAACACAAAAAAUCAGCAACAACUUAUUCGUCUUUGUCACAGAUGAAACCCGUCUAA